UGCUGCAGCAUUCCUAUCAAUGAUCGACGAGGGAGCAAGCAAUUGCCAUCUGGGCCAAACAAACUGAAAAUAAUACCCAAAAAAGUGAAAUUUACUGAAAUGCCCCCUGUUAAAUUGGUAAUCCUACGUUACCAUUUAUUAUUCCGCUAAUCUUACAAUUUUCUUCUGGUGAUUUUCGGUCUCUGACGUUCCAAUAUUAGCCAUUUUUUUUCUCAUGUGCUUUCGCCUUUUAUUUCUCCAAACCUAAAAUCCUAUCGGAGUGAGACCAGGGCUGAACCGAAAGGAAGGUGAUAGAAUUUCCCGCUGCUCAGCUCUCUGUGUGCCGAAAAUUUCGCUUCAUCUUCAAACCUAAAUAUAAUGAAUGAUAAUUAUAGUAGGAGCAUUCGAUUAUUUUUCUUGACAAUAAUGGUGCCAUAAUUUAAUUCAACUUACAGUAUCUUUCUGGCAAAAUCGUCACAAUGAAUAAAAAAAUAGGGAUCACUUUAAAGAAUAUGGCCAAAAACAGGAGGAAAAUGAGGAGAUUGCAGACUAACCGAGUUGUUUUCAAAGUUAAUUCUUCGCUGCCAUGUGUUAAAACUUGAAACUGAAAAUUGUUUCCUGUUCUUCGGCAAUGGGGAGACUGGGUCUCUGACAGAUGGCGUAAUAAUGAACGUUCAAGCUAGCAGAACUCACCAGGAAGGAAUUUAUAUUAAUAGGGUAAGGUAUAUUCUCGGUUCUCAAUUUGCUCUCUCCCAACCCCCAAGCACGUAUCGCAAAAAAAACUAUUCAUUUGUUUCCUCUUCACAGCUAAUGGCGUUGACAUUCAAGUUAGCUCAGUUGCAGUCCAAGGCAACUCGAGCAUCCCAGUUGGUAUCAAAGCAUGCUCCUCUGUACUACAAGCAGCUACUUGAGCAGAAUAAACACUACAUUCAGGACCCACCCACUGUUGAGAAAUGUAACCUUUUGUCAAACAUUCCUAGCCGAUACGAGGCAUUCCAGAAGGAGAUGGAUUAUGUGAAGCUAAUGUGGAAGAAAAGGAAUGAAUGGAAGAUUGAAGAUGCAGGAAUUGCUACGCUGUUCGGGUUAGAAUGUUUUGCUUGGUAUUGUACAGGAGAGAUUGUUGGUCGAGGUUUCACCUUCACCGGCUAUUACAUCUAAUUGAGUCACCAAUAUCGGCUUCUAAGAUGAGCUGGUCUAGCUUUUUACUGUAUUCGUUUUCUUGAAUGUUUCCGUCAAAACAUACGGUUUUGCCGUUCUGUAAGAAAAAUCAGACUGAGCUAGCGAUAACCUUUUCUGUUUCAAUAA